GUGGGAUUUGUCUCGCCUACCGCAGGACCGAUACUUCGUGGAGAAAUCUAAGAAGAAACCCGAGGGAGAGCGGAAGCGAGAGAGGGCGCGCGAUGGAAUCCUCGUCCACGCUGGCUUCAGAGGCGGCGCCGCCUGCGACGGCGGAAGUGGAGGACGGUGUGGAGGAGAUGACGCUGACGGUGCGGUGGAACGGGAAGGAGUACACCGUGCGGGUGUGCGGUGACGACAGCGUGGCGGAGCUGAAGCGCCGGAUCUGCGAGGUUACCACCGUUCUACCCAAGCGCCAGAAGCUCCUCUACCCCAAGCUCGCCGCCAAGCUCAACGACGACUCCGUCCUCCUCUCCCAGCUCAACCUCAAGCCCUCAGUCAAGAUGACCAUGAUCGGAACUGUUGAAGAUGAUAUUAUUAUAGACCAAGUAGAUUCUCCAGAGAUCAUUGAUGAUUUUGAACUUGGCCAAGAUGAAGUCAUUGACAUUAAAGAUAAAGAUGUAAAUAAGCAGAAGUUAAGGCGGCGAAUCAAUCAUUACAAGAUCAAACUCCUGAACCCAUGUCGUGAAGGAAAGAAGCUGCUUGUUUUAGACAUUGAUUAUACUCUUUUUGAUCACAAGUCAUCAGCUGAAAACCCACUUGAACUCAUGCGACCAUAUCUUCAUGAAUUUCUCACUGCUGUCUAUGCAGAGUAUGAUAUCAUUAUAUGGUCUGCAACAAGUAUGAAAUGGGUCGAGUUGAAGAUGGGGCAGCUUGGGGUUCUGAAUAAUCCUAACUACAAAAUAACUGCUCUUCUAGAUCACUUGGCCAUGAUAACAGUACAGUCUGAUUCACAUGGGACCUUUGAUUGUAAGCCCCUUGGUCUAAUAUGGGCUCAGUUUCCCGAGUUUUACAAUUCGAAGAAUACUAUUAUGUUUGAUGACCUUCGAAGGAACUUUGUGAUGAAUCCACAAAAUGGCCUGACAAUCAGACCUUUCAGGAAAGCCCAUAUGAAUCGUAGCAGCGAUCAGGAGCUGGUGAAGCUGACACAGUAUUUGCUGGCAAUAGCAGAUCUUCCUGAUAUUAGCCAACUUGAUCAUAGGUACUGGGAAUUGUAUACAGAAGAUAGUACAAAAAGGCGCAGACACAGGUAACAUGACUAUGAAGAGCAAAAGGAAGAGCAGCUUACUUGAUUUACAGUUUUUCAUAUCUGAUAUUUUCAUGUAAUCAAAACUGGGAUAUAUAACUGCAUUAUGUAAUUUAUGUUUUGGCAGUGCAUUGUUCCAUGCUUAUUGCAUUACUCAUUGGGUUCAGGCAAUGCCUUUACGGGAAAUAUUGAUGUCAUACAAUUCAGUUAAUUGUCUUGAAGCUCGUACUUUCAAGAGCUAGCUUAUGUAUUUUAAUUUAUUAAUGCAGGUCCAUCGCUCUUUAGUUUCGCU